UUGAUGAAGCAACCAAAAGAUUUCAUAUGUUAUUAUUUUAACAAUCAGAAAACGUAAAAAAUAAAUAAAAAUAAUAGCCAAUAUAAGGCGAAUGUACACUUUAUAAAUAGACGACAAACACCUCUUGUUAUGCUGCUGUCUGCUCUGUACUGAACUUUUAUAGGCUACAUUGGUUUAAAUCAAUUAACAAAAGAAGAAGAAAAAGCAUUUUGAACUGACUAAACAGUAAAACUGGCAUACCUUUAUAUGGUACUUGCCACAAAUAAACCUAAAUAAUAGAUAUAAUAUUUGCACAAUGUAUGUUAUAGUUGAUCGUAAAAAUUAAAUCAGGGUAGCAAUGGGAAAAAGACAUGGACAUUAACUUUGCAUAUGUAUUAAUUCCAUAACAUGUGUAUUUUCAUAAAAUUUAUGAAAUAUCAUUGCUUUCGUGUUGUAAACAACUCACAAAUUUAUAAUUUAGAUUUAUCAAGCUUGGAAACCUGAAAAAGGGCAUUUUGAGUUUCAGGCUUAAAAAUGCCACUUCCACCAACAUUAGCAGCUAGACUGGCAAAAAGAGGCAUUGUGAAUGACAGUCGUGGUUCGAGUGAGAAGAAACAAAGGACAGAAGCUGAAGAGGAAGUGAUUGCUGAAAAUUACGAUAGUAAUUACAAAUCGAGCGGAGAUACUGGUAAUUUUGGUGCUCAGAAUUCCACACAUGAUGACAUACCUUCGUCUGGCGCUGAUAAACAUUUCAAGGGUCAUUCAGGCUGUCCAAACAAAUGGAAUAUAUAUCACGAAUGCUCUUCUUUUUGUGUGAAACGGUGGGGUAAGGGCAUAACGAAUCCAGAUCCGAGGUAUUUAAGAAAACAAGCGAGACUGUUAUCAAAAUUCCCUCUACCAAACAACUGGAAAGACAUUUACGACCCCGGCACGGGACGACAUUAUUAUUGGGAUAUGCAGAGUGACAUGGUUUCAUGGCUCCCUCCAAACCACCCGAAAUCAAAUGUUUCUGAAUCAGCAGCUACGAUCAAAGAAGAAAGGCAUAUGUUAGCCACAGAUGCAGAUGGGUCUGAUCACGAAUCAGAAAGUGCUGAUGAAGAUGAUGAGGAAGCUACUGCUCCUAGACCUCCUGAAAAGGAAAAGGAGAGAGACAGAGAUUUGAUAAAGGAGAAAAAUAAAUUUAGAACCAAAAAUAAAGCCAAUGAUCUUGAUCCCAUGGACCCAGCCGCAUAUUCCGAAGCACCCCGUGGUAAAUGGUCUGACGGUCUGGAAAGAGGCAAUGAAGCAAAAACAGGAGCUGAUGUAACUGCGUCUGGGCCGCUCUAUCAAAUGAGACCUUAUCCGAAUCCCGGUGCAGUUCUUAGAGCUAACGCUGCAACUGGCAGACCUGCCCAAAACUGAUCACCAAAAAAGUACAAUAAAUUACAUUACUGUAAAUGUAUAUAAUUAUAAUUUUAUUGAAACUUGCUGUGUAUAAUUUA